CCCAGGGCUGCAGAGGGGGAGAAAUGUAAGGCAGGCGGCAAGUGAGAAGAAAGAAGGGAGGGACCCUGAGCGGGAGAGCAGCUCAGUUUGUGAAUGGAGAGGAAAGGCAACAACUGCUUGGGAGGAGCGCGGUGGAAAAGGAAAACGAGUUAUUCUGCUUUUGAUUUCGCUCCCCAGGGAAGGAUGGCGCUGCAGUAGCUUUCCUUUUCCAUCCUGAUCCUGGUUUUCUACAUCGCUGUGCUCAGAGGAGUUCAAGGGGGAACUGCGGGCCACUUCGUCUGCUGGUGAACUUCGCUAUGAGGGGCGGGGAAGGAGAGGAUAUAGAUAUAUAGACACCGCCCAGAGCCUCUGGAUGGAGCGGUCUAUAAAUGUAAUAAAUAAAUAAUGAGUUGCCCACAGGAAGGCUGGAAAUGCUUAGAAGAUCCUACAGGACAAGACUAACCACCUCAUCUUAAAUAUCUUUUCUGGGAGAUGAUGAGAAGGAGAGUGAGGGAGAGCCAUGCUGGAUGCUUCUUCAAAACUACCAGAUGCAAAGAGGGAGGGCAGCAGAAAAAGAAAGUGGAAGCAAAACAGAAGGGGCGAAUUGAAUCCUCAGCUUCUCACGAUGGUGUCCUCCAUAUGAAAUCCCAAUCCAAGAAAAAAUAGAGGAAGUAAAGAAAAGAAUUAAUUGCACUGUGGGGGUGGGGGGACAUUCACUGGUAAAUUAAUCUUUAAAGCUCAUUGGAAAAUCCACACAGGACAGAAAACAUAUCCAUGCUUGGUGUGAGGAAUGAGCUUCAGAAUGAGCAGAAUCCUGAUAUCGCAUCAGAGAAUCCUCACAGAGGAGAAGCCCUAUGAAUGCUUUGACUGCAACAUGAGAUUUUUUACAAAAUCAAAGCUUAGGAAACACCAAAGAACUCACACAGGAGAGAAACCAUUUAAAUGUUUGGACUGUGAAAAGAAGUUCUGUCGCGGUGACACUCUAAUUGAACAUCAAAGAAUCCACACAGGGGAGAAACCAUAUCAAUGCUUGGAGUGUGGAAAAAGCUUUAGGAUGAAUUCAGGCCUGACAUUGCAUCAAAGAAUCCACACAGGGGAGAAGCCAUAUCAAUGCUUGGAGUGUGGAAAGAGCUUCAGGCAGCACUCGGGCCUCACAACGCAUCAAAGAAUCCACACAGGGGAGAGGCCAUACAGAUGUUUGGAAUGUGGAAAAAGUUUCAAUGUGAGUACACAUCUUACUUCACAUAAACAGAUUCACAGAGGGGAAAAACCUUAUAAAUGUUUGGAAUGUGGAAAGAGUUUCAUUAGGAAUAUGGCAUUAACUAGACAUCAAAGAACGCAUACUGGAGAGAAACCAUAUCAAUGCUUGUUGUGUAAAAAAAGCUUCACUCGAGCUGACUACCUCACAGUGCAUCAAAGAAUCCACACAGGAGAGAAACCAUUUAAAUGCUUGGAGUGUGGAAAGUGUUUCAGGCAGAGCUCAGUGCUAACAGUACAUCAAAGAUUGCAUAGAGGGGAGAAGCCAUAUCAGUGCUUGGAGUGUGGAAGGAGCUUCAGUCGGAGCACAGGCUUAACAGUACAUCAAAUAAUCCAUAAAGGGGAGAAGCCAUGUCAGUGCUUGGAGUGUGGAAAAUUCUUCCGUCGGAACACAGAACUAACCAUACACCAAAGAAUUCAUACAGGGGAGAAGCCAUAUCAGUGCUUGGAGUGUGGAAAGAGCUUCAGACAGAAUGCAGGCCUCACACUGCAUCAAAGAAUCCACACAGGGGAAAAGCCAUAUCAGUGCUUGGAGUGUGGAAAAAGCUUCAGUCAGAACUCAGGCCUCACAUCACAUAAAAGGAUUCACACAGGAGAGAAACCAUAUAAAUGCUUAGAGUGUGGAAACAGCUUUAGUCGGAACGCAAACCUCACAUUACAUCAAAGAACCCACACAGGAGAGAAACCAUAUGCAUGCAUGCAAUGUGGAAAGAGUUUCAGUGAGAAUAAAGGGCUCACAUUACAUCAAAGGAUCCAUACAGGCGAGAAGCCAUAUCAGUGCUUUGAGUGUGGAAAAAGCUUCAGUAGGAGUGCAAGCGUAAGAUCGCAUCAAAGAAUACACACAGGGGAGAAACCUUACAAAUGUUUUGAGUGUGGAAAGAGCUUCAACCAGAGCACACAACUCACUACACAUCAAAGGAUUCACACAGGGGAGAAGCCUUAUAAAUGCUUGGAAUGUGGGAAGAGCUUCAGUCAGAGUACUAUACUUACUAUACAUCAAAGAACCCACAGUAGGGAGAAACCAUAUAUGUGCUUGGAAUGUGGAAAGAGCUUCAGUCGAGCUGACCAUGUCAAAUCACAUCAAAGAAUCCACAGAAAGUAGAAACCAUUUAAAGGCCUGGAAUGUGGGAAGACCUUCAAUGUGAGCACAGCUCUUGCAUUCCAUCAAAUAAUCUACAUAGGAGAGAAGCCAUGUCAGUGCUAGGAAUGUGGAAUUAGCUUCAGUUAGAAUUCAAGCCUCACAUCGCAUUGAAGAAUCCACACAGGAAGAAAUCCGAUCACUGUUAGACUGCAGCAAGAGUUUUUGUGGUAAAGCAAGCUUUGAGAAAGACCAAAGAUAUCAUACAGGAGAUAAACAAUAAGCAGCUUUUGAAUAUGGAAAGAGUUUCAGUGUGAGCCCCAAACCCAUAACCUAUUAAAAAAUCUAUACUAGGGGGAUCAUAUAGCUGCUCAGAAUGUGGAAAGAGGUUUGAUCUGAGUGCACACCUCACAUCAAUGAAAGAGAGGGAAAAGCAUAGAAGUGCAAGGAACAUAGGAUGUUAGAGAACAUCCCUGGAUUUAAUUUAAUCCUGUUCCUGGAUGGUCAAAUGGAAAGGGGAAAUAGGAAUGCCUUUUACCAGCUUUGGCUGCUGCACCAGCUGCACCCUAUCCUCAAGGAACCGGACUGGGUUUUGCCACUCACACCUGGCUGAAUUUCUGCUUAGAUUCCUUUCAUGCACUCUGUGAGGUCGUUCACAUGACUGGGUGGUGGGGCGGAUGGGGGGAAGGCUUUGUUUCACUCACCUUCCCUCCAGAUCACGGUUUCUUAACCUUGGGCCCCCAGAUGUUUUAGGACUACAACUCCCAUCAUCCCCAGACAUGGCCUUUUAGGCUGAGGAUGAUGGGAAUUGUAGUCCAACAACAUUUGGGGGGCCCAAGGUUAAGAAACCCUGCUCCAGAUGAUUGAUGAAAUGUUGCUGGGAAUUUUGUCUGCACUCCCACAUGAUCCAUCUUUGGAAAACUGGGACGAUGCAUCUCUGGUUAUCCCACAAUGCACCACAAUCUUGAGUGUGGUGCAUUGGGGAAUUCCGCCCAAGGGACGGGCACUCUAGGCACUCAUCUUUGUGUCUCUUUGAUCUGAACACAGCCGAAGGAGGCACACGACCAGGACGCCUGGCUUAAGGGAGUGCUCGCUCCUUUAACCCCGACUAGGAGCUGGGCUAGGCGGCUCUUCCCGCCUGAUCAGGCCUGAUGCUUGCGGUUCUCAUGCACAACCUAACCCAGGCUGGGCCUCCCCAGCCUGGGUUAGGCUGCGUGUGAGAACAGCCUUUCUGUGGGGCUGACAUAUGAAAAAAUACUGUUGCUGUAUCAUUUUAAUUCUUGAUUACAUUGUUAGCCAUCUUGAAUAUCACUACGUCUCGGAAGGGAAAGAAAUGAGCCCAGAAGACACAGUGAAGAAGACCAAGUGUGUAAAUGAAUUCCAGGAAAGGGGUAAGAUUAUCCUGCAGUUUCCAAAGAGUAGAAAGACACUCAAUGCACCCUUUAAAAUUCGUACAUUUAUUCUGUCGUGUGCUUUUGUGGGCCAUGUUUGGUAGAGGAGGCUCAUCCUAUGAAAAGUGAUUCCACCCCAGACCCUGUUCAGUCCCAGGACUGGAGCUCCCAUCCAGCCCCCUCAUCUCCUCCCCCCCGCAUUUAAAAGUGGGACAAAGCAGCACUGUUAUCCAAUGGCCCGAAGCUGCACACUCUAUGAACCUUUAGUCUGAUGAUGUACCUCCUUUUUGUCUUGUGGACAGAACAUCCAUUUCAUGCUUUUUUCUUACUAAUAAAGGGCAUGAACCCUAGCUAGGCCAUUUGCUUUCGGAUACAGGGAGACAAGGAGAACACGCCUCACUGUAAGGCCUGGGGGCCAGUGGCAGCCCCCAGCAACCCUAAGUGCGGUUCCCUGACCCCUUGUCUUUGGGGCCUGGGUGAAUCUUCAGCUAAAGCCAAGUCCUCUGUGCUGACCCCCUGGCACUGUGCAUGGCCAUUCCAACCAUGCAGUGUUGGGCUUUGCCCAGGACUAGUGGGGCUCCUGUAAGGGAAUUGAGCCUUCGAGCCCCUGCACCAUCUUGGAACGAUCCACAGAAUGCUGGGAGGUGUAGCCCUUCCCAGGGCUUUCUUCCUAGAGCUCUUAGGAGAGCUCUCUGUCUCUCUGAAAGGGUCCUCCUGAAGCAUUGAGAAAAGUGCAGGCCUAUGUGGAGGUUAGCACAGUGGGAAAUGACUCACAUUGAAGGGUUCUUGCGUGUGUUUGUUAUUCCUCUAUGUAUACUGCUUUGGAAAUGUUUGAAGAAAAGUGGUAUAUCAAUUGUUGUUGUUUGCAUAUAUAUAUAUAUAUAUAUAUAUAUAUAUAUAUAUAUAUAUAUAUAUACACACACACACACAUAUACAUACACACACACACACACACACACACACAAACAACAAUUGAUAUACCGCUUUUCAUCAAACAUUUCCAAAGCAGUUUACAUAGAGGAACAGUUUACAUUAUAUAUAUAUAUGGCAUAAAUAAAAUAAAAAUUACUCCCAUUGGGGUGCCCUUGGCUUCUCUCCCAGGUAUUGUGAACUUGGUUUGUAUGGUUUGGAACUGUCAAUGCAGAAAUCAUUGGAGACACACACGGACAGUGUGACACACAUGGGCAUGUGUGGAUAGUUACACGUGGACAGCCUUCCUUCCAGGAAGCAGGCCGAAAAGGAAGUCAAGGGAGACAUUCUUGGUGUAAUAUUUUUUUCUAUGAUGAUCAAAACUGUCCCCUCACAUACAAUCUCUAUUUGACAAUAUAGUACCUGCUCAUGUUUUCCUAGUUAUUACCUUGGUAAAUUUAGGACCAGAAUACUAGUCUCUGGUCCAAAAAUAACCUGAUGGCACUGAUAAACCAUUUCCAGUACACUGCAAGAAGCAUCAAGCAGGGGACUGCAUAAUGCAUCCGAUUAAGAAGUUUGAAACCUCUCUUAGUACAAUACUUCUGAAGUGGUAUUGAUCUCGGUUGGUUUAGUGAAAAAAUAGUCCUUACAAUGUGUAGGAGAUGCAUCAUGUUCCUGGUAAUUAGAGGAGACAAGUGCCUAUUGCCUGCAGGGAAACAGAGUGUCUGCACUUGCUAGAUCCAGAGCUUCUGCUUGUGUGGCUAAGUUUUCCACAGUAACUUGUUCAUGUCUUGAAGCAAGUAAUCUCUUCUGUAACAAAUUCGUAUCGUGUAUGAUAAGAAUUUUCCCCGUCUAAUGGUAAAGCCUGGUAGAGAUUAUAAAUAAUAAAGAGAUUAUACCAGGCCUGGUAGAGAUUAUAAAUGCAUCUCUGAGGGAAGGUAAGAUGCCUCCUAGUCUUAAGGAGUCAAUUAUUCGUCUGCUUCUGAAGAUGCCUACCUUGGAUUCUUCAGGGCUGAGUAACUACAGGCCUGUUCUCCGUGGCUGGGCAAGGUAAUUGAGAGGGUGGUGGCCUCACAGCUCCAGACAGUCUUGGAGGAAACUGAUUGUCUAGACCCAUUUCAGACUGGCUUCCGGGCUGGCUAUGGGGUAGACUCUCCCUUGGUUGGCCUGAUGGAUGAUCUCCAACUGGAAAUUGACAGAGGAAGUGUGACUCUGUUGGUCUUUUUGGACCUCUCAGCGGCUUUCGAUACUAUCAACUAUAGUAUCCUUCUGGAGCGUCUGAGGGGGUUGGGAGUGAGAGGCACUGCUCUGCGGUGGUUCCACUCCUACCUCUCAGGCAGGCUCCAGAUGGUGCCCCUUGGAGACUGUUGUGCUUCAAAAUCUGAACUUUUGUAUGGUGUCCCUCAGGGCUCCAUAUUGUCUCCGAUGUUGUUUAACAUCUACAUGAAACCGCUGGGAGAGAUAAUCAGGAGAUUUGGUGCAGGGUGUUAACAGUAUGCUGAUGACACCCAAAUCUAUUUCUCCAUGACAGCAAUAUUGGGAGAGGGUAUAACCUCCCUAAGUGCAUGCCUGGAGUCGGUAAUGAGGGACAACAAACUGAGACUGAAUCCAGAUAAGAUGGAGGUACUCAUUGUGCGGGGUCAGAACUUGCGAGACAAUUUUGAUGUGCCUGUUCUGGAUGGGGCCACACUUCCCCAGAAGGAACAGGUACGCAGUCUGGGGGUGCUUCUGGAUCCAAGUCUCUCCCUGGUGUCCUAGGUUGAGGCAGUAGCCAGAGGUGCCUUCUAUCAGCUUCGGCUGAUACCCCAGCUGUGUCAGUUUCUUGAGAUAGAUGACCUCAAAACAGUGGUACAUCUGCUGGUAACCUCCAGACUGGAUUACUGUAAUGCGCUCUAUGUGGGGAUGCCUUUGUAUGUAGUCCGGAAACUACAGUUGUCCAGAAUGCGGCAGCCAGUCUGGUCUCUGGGUCAUCUAGGAGAGACCAUAUUACUCCUGUAUUGAAGGAGUUACACUGGCUGCUGAUAUGUUUCCAGGCAAAAUACAAGGUGUUAAUCAUAACCUAUAAAGCCCUAAACAGCUUGGGCCCGGGGUAUUUAAGAGAAUGUCUUCUUCGUUAUGAACCCCACCGCCCAUUGAGAUAAUCAGGAAAGGUCCGUCUGCAUUUGCCACCAGCUCAUCUGGUGGCUGUUCAGGGACGGGCCUUCUCCAUUGCUGCCCCAAGGCUUUGGAAUGUGUUCCCUAGUGAAAUAAGAGCCUCCCCAUCUCUGACAGCUUUUUAAAAGUCUUUAAUGAUGCAUCUGUUCACCCAGGCUUUUAACUGAUACAGUUUUGAUUGUUUUUAAUGUUGUUUUUAGAAUAUUGUUUUAAAAUUUUUAAAUUGUUGUGUUUUAAAUUUCUUGUUUUGGGUUUUAACUAAUGUUUUACUUUUUAAAAAAAAUCUUCUUGUAAAUUGCCCAGAGACGUGGGUUUGAGACGGUAUAAAAAUAUGUAAAAUAAAUAAAUAAUAAAUAAAUUAGUUAAAUAAAGCCUUA